AUGCUAGGAACAAGUGCCGCUGCUUGGCUUGUAGCAGUGGCAUCCGUCACCAUCUCGGAGUUGACAGUGGUCACGCCAGUCAACACGGUCGACUUUCCGGACCACAGUCUUGAGUAUGAGAUGCUUCGACUUGGGUCAACCAUUCUCACCCGAGGUAAAGUGAUGGCACCGCUGGUUCAAGUGGUGCCUGUGGACCCAUUUGAUAUCAUUAAGCCUUCCGCGUUGGCUGCUCCACUGGAUGGAUGCCCCGCGUUAACGAUUGCCAACGACACAUCCACCACCACAUCAUCGUCGUAUCGUCUGGCCAUGCUAAACACUACUACCACUGCCACGGGAGACUCGGCUGCCAUUCCCGCCAUAUCGAUCACGAACAAGGACGCCACCGCCUUGCUACGCAUGAUGCAGCGCAAUGGUUCGACGGUAGUCGUGCAGUUGCGCUGGGCUGAACCUAAGGCUAGCGACCACGUAGACAUUGCUUUGUACACGUCCUCGACGUCGUCGGCGUUGAUGCCACUCUUGGCAUCGGUAGCUUCUGUCGUUUCGGCGUUUGUGCCAUCGAAUGGCUGCGAUACGUUUCCACUGAACGACAACUGCCCGUCGCUAUGUAUGGACAAUAUGUUCUGCACAUACGAUCCCGAUAACGACCCCGACAGCGGCUACUCGGGCGCCGUGGGGGAAUACCCAUGUCGACCCGUGUGGCAAGUGUGGUGGUCACGGUAA